AUGUACAGCACGUAGAUGACCACAAAUUGUAUAAGCAUAACAGAGCUACAAGUUGCGUAAGGAACAUGAACUCACAGCUCUUUUUCAGUUUUAGAUGCCUCAAGAGCUAUGGAAGGUGUAUUAACAGCGUAACCAGACCAAAUGUAAGAUCUUUACACAAAGCUGGAGUGCACUGUCAAGAUGGAUCAAAGGAGAACCCUGAUAUGCCAGAGUACAUGAAGAAAAGAUACAAACUUCUAGAAUCAAACCCAGUGAAAUAUUCCACAGGAAAAGCUGCCAAAUUUAGCAUGACAGAAGUGGGAUUUUCUUCAACAAAUAAACCUCUACACAGGAAUUUAAGCGCUGUUAUAAGUUUAUCUGUAUUAUUUAUCUACUUAAUGUGUCGUGAAGAGAAUGACAUUGAUGCAAAUAUCUCAUUUGAUGCAAAAACUGCAGAAGAAUUUCAAGAAUACCUUGACAAGCUGAAAGCAAGAAAAGGGAAGUAAAGACGGUUAUAAAAUCUGACUUGACAUUAUAUAACAAUGUAUUUUUUAGAAGUUAUGUGGUGGAUUAUGUUGCAUUCAUUAAAGUUGAAGAAAAAAAGAAA